UUUUGUAGAUUUCAGAUUAAUAAGAUGGUUACUAAGCGAUACCUUGCAGCUUUAGGAAUUAUAAUUCUAUCUGUACUUGGAGUAUUGAUCGUCAGUUACCUGGAGAUAAUAAACAUGGACAGGUAUCUUAUAGAAGAAGAGGUUUGUGGAGUAGAAUCAUGCUUUGUUCAGCUAGGGAGUAGAUGUCUGAGGUGCACAAAUCCUAAACUACCUCGGAAAGUACAGAAAAGAUCUCUUACAUCUGUGCAACCUUUACCACCAACUGUAAUAGAUCAACAAGGGUGUCAGAUGUUAACUCAUUGUCUAAAGCAGUGUAAUCACGGGCUGGAAAAUAUAUGCAGUGAAACUGAAAAACGAGCAGCGAGUCCUCCAAUAUUCUUGGAUGAUGAUGAGCCGAUGUGUGAAGAUGACCGUCCCCGUAUUCUCGGGCAUGCUGGAGGAGAUCCUGUCCGGGCAUGCGAGAACACGGUAGAGGCCACCAGGGCAGGUCUUGAGGCUGGUAUGGAGGCUGUUCAUAUUGAUAUCUCAAUAUCCAAGGACAAGAUUCCGUUCCUUUGGAGAGAUCAUGAUCCAAGGUCUUUAACUUCACGUCUCCGUCAGAUGGGAAGUUAUGGUGUGAUGGGCUGCAGACCAGCAUUCAAUCUUCAAUCCGUAGUUCCAGCCCAUCAGCUUACCUGGGAAAAAAUACAGUCUGAUUGGUUCUAUGUGAAUACUACCACAAAUCUACGUAAUCACAACAAUACUAUCGUCAAUUUCCAGGAUUGGGUUAAGGGGGUAGGGGUUGACCUGAAGAGGAUAGAAAAGGUUUGGUUGGAGUUUAGAAUGCCAAGAGAGUUCCUGUAUUCCUCCAUCCUUGAAGUCUGGAGACUGGCAACUACUGCAGGAAUUCAGCACAAACUUUUCUUUAAACUCAAUCAAUAUGGAAAGGUCGUGUUCGAUCAACCUAUCACUCUGGUGGGAGGAAUAGAAGUUUCAAUCCAAAAGCUUUCAUUGUCCGAAAGAAAUUCUAUCGUGUACUUUCUAAAGGAGAUAGAAAAGGGGGAUGCCAGGGGAGAUGUUUUUAUUUUAAACAGUGAGGAUGAAGCUGUUUACACUCUUCUAUCUGAAAAUAAUUCUUCCUCAGUCUCCGCUCUAUAUAAAGAGCUGAAAGCUAAAGUUGAUCCUUCAAACCUUGAUCUGAAAGGGAUAAACUUUGAAGUAAAAACAAUGGAUUCCUUAGUUGAAAAUGUGAGGAAUGUAAUUAAUUCUCGUGAUAAAUUAACCAGGGAUAAUUGUAAUCCUUCCUACACUCAGGUUGCCGCCUGGACGGUGAAUAACCGUGAGAUUGCUCAUCAGCUGGUUUGUCUUCACAUAGAUUAUAUAAUCACAGAUUAUCCAGAACGGGUUGACCGGUUUGCUGAUUGUGCCUUGAGGUUAAAACAAGACAACUGUCCAGCGUUCUGUGGCCGGAUAUAUUUACCUGUGUGUGGGUCUGAUGGCACUACUUAUAGUAAUGAGUGUAUGAUGAGAUUUCAUGCUUGUGAGACAAAAGAGAUAAUUACUUUGGUGCAUAAUGGCAGGUGUCAAGAACAACUAAAUACAAGUUUGAUCAGACAACGAGUAGGGAACCCUGUUUAUGAAAAAUCUGAAGGAAACCCUGGAAAUUUUUUAGUCCCUAAUAAUAAAGAAGAAGUCGCGAGAAGAUCAGCUGCUGCAUUGUUGAAACCUGCAGGAGAGAAGACGACAUUUGCAGAGAACACCCGAGGAGUAGACCAAACUAAGACGACAUAUAUUCAUGAUAAAGAGUUCGCAACCAAUACUUAUAAAGAUUUAGAUUUAGAUACUGAACUUCUCUGUGAUUUCUCCUUUUGUCGAGGGGAACAGGGCUAUAAUCCAGUUUGUGGGAAGAAUGGAUUAACCUAUGAUAAUCAGUGUUCUCUUCUACAAACAAAAUGUUAUGGAGAACAAGUACAUCUGGAUUAUGAAGGGUCUUGUAAAACUACUCCUUGUACUGAGAACUGUAGUGAGAUGGAGUUACCAGUUUGUGGGACAGAUAGGUUGACCUACAGAAACACCUGCUGCUUAGAGCGAGCUAGCUGUCUUGAUAAAGAUGAUAAAGGAGAUGAAAUACACGUCUGGCAUAGAGGGGUCUGUGGGGAUUGUACUUUUAUUUGUACAAGGGAGUUCCGUCCUGUUUGUGGGUCUAACAAUAAAAGCUACGCCAACCUAUGUACAAUGGAGGAACAAACUUGUCGAGACAAUACUCCAGUUUGGUGGAUGCAUGAAGGUAGAUGCAAAGGUGACUCAAAUAAAUCUGAAAAUCUACCAGAAAAUACUGGGAACUCGUAUAUUAAACCAAUCACCCAAUCAACCGAAAACUAUCAACCUAUCUCCCAAUCCUACAAUUCUGCUACUCAUGCGCCAUCUUUUAAACCAUUCCCCCCACCCUUGCAAUCCAACCCACCUGGAUACCAAUCACCUCCCCUGGCUCUACCCUCACAGCCCAACCAACCCCAAGAUCAACCAUCUCCACCACCCUCUCAAUCCAAUCCACCGGGAUAUAAACCAUCUCCCCCACCCUUGCAAUCCAACACACUUGGAUACAAACCAUCUCCCCCACCCUCUCAACCCAACCUACUUGGAUAUCAACCAUCCCCUUCACCCUCUCAAUCUAAUUCACCCGGAUAUAAACCAUCUCCUCAAAUCAUGCAUCCUAUUCCUAACUCAUCCGGAAACCUACCAUUAUCCCCAUCCAAUCAACCUUUAAUACCCGGAUAUCAACCACCGAUCCCCUCCUAUCAAACAACCUCUUCAAACAAUCAAUUAUCACCUUCAUCAUAUCAACCAACCCCAAUCAAUAAUCAACCAUCUCACUCAUAUCAACAAACCCAUUCUAACUAUCAACAACCUGCCUCAUUUCAAUCAAUCCCAUCAAAUAAUCAACCAUCAUCUUCCUCCUUAAAACCAAACCCAAUCAAUAAUCAACCAUCAACCUCACACCAAUCAUCACCCUCGUAUCAACCAAACCAAUCCAACAUUCAACCAUUAUCUUCAAAUCAACCAACCCCUUCCAAUAAUAAACCAUCAUCUCUCUCAUAUCAACCAAACCCAUCCAUUAAUCAACCGAAACCCCCCUCAUAUCAACCAAAUCCCCCCUCUCAUCAAGCAAACCUUCCAUCCUUCCAUCAGUUUCCCCAACCCUAUACAACUACUAGGGUUCCUGGACACUCCAAUACAGAUAAUAUGAAAACAGUCGAGAAGAAAUAUCUCCAGCCUAUCCGACCAGAAGUCGAAGAGAAAGACGACAUUUUUGAUGAGUUUCUGGAUAAUUUCAACUCUAUUAUCGAUUGAAUAUGUAUUGACUAAUUUUUAAUAUAUUUUAUCCCUAGUUG